ACCCGCGAGUCGAGAGGAUCGCAGCACGGCGUACAUUCACAGCCGCGACAGCAUGGCCACCUCGCUCACGGGCAUCGGCAUUCUCUGGGCCUUCCUAUCACUGAUCUCGGCUCUCGCUUCCUGCUCCGGCUACUACCUUCCCUACUGGAUCAAGGGCGAGCUGACCAAAGGGUUUGACACCUACUUCGGCUCAUUCCGCCGCUGCAACUACCCGGUGCUCAACGAAAGGGGACAGAUCGAGCUGCUCGAGGCCUGCGGCAGAUACUCCACGUACGCGGACAUCCCGAGCCCCUGGUGGCAGGCCACCACCGUGCUGGUGGGCGUUGGAAGCGGCCUAUCUUUGCUGCUGUCAGUCACGGCGUGUGCGGCCUGCUGCAUUUCCUACCUCAUCCACGGCCGCAUGGCCAGAAUCGUCGGCUUUUUCCAGUUUUUCUCAGCUGUGCUGAUCGCGGUCGGCGUGGCGCUCUACCCACUAGGCUGGGACAACAUCGAAGUGCAGCAGGCGUGCGGCGGCCUCUCCAAACCCUACCAACUGGGUCCGUGUGAAUUGUCAUACUCGGCGCACCUGCUGCUCGGCGGCACCUUGCUCCUCUUCGUGUGCUCGACCCUGAGUUGCAAGGCGUCCAGGUUGAAACCGGGUUCCUUCAGGGUAUGAGUGUACAGCGCCGGCAUGUUGGCAAGCCACGUUUGAUUUCGCAAACGUGAAAAAAUUUAACCGUUCGACCCGAAUCAAUUAAUUUAUGCAAAAUUAUAUAACCACUGCGCGGCGGUCGCCACACUUUCUUCUGGAAUAAUUUGAAUUCGCGGUGGUCUCCUUAAUAGGAUUUUGCCUCAUUAUGCAAAUUUGAUACGCGUGACAGCUGCUGGAGUUUAUUAGAUCACUGAGAUUUUCCGCGACAAAAUCUUUAUUAAGGGAAAAAUAUGAUUCCCAAAAAUAUCUCAAGAGAGGGUUCAAGAAAAAAAUCUAAUUUACAAAAACCCUUCUAAAACAGGCGGAAUUAAUUACACUUUUUGUGUGCUUUGGAGAGCCGACUAAUUGGCUCUUGAGCGACUAAAUAAAAUAAUAAAAGUUUCAAGUACUCGCCUUCGGAGCUCAAGAGCGCGCUCGGGAAUUUGGGGAUGAGAGUUUGAAAGCGACUUUCGAAUACCAACUAACGACGUCAUUAAUUUAUUUAGGGCUAAUUGCUUUACCCAAAGAGCAAACUUUGUAAUCUAAUAUGGAUUAAAUAAAGAGUUUAAUUUUAAAAUAAAAAGGCCAUGUUAUAAAGUUUAAAAUAACUUACAUGCAAAAUAAUACUUGACAACUUUAGCACCUAUUCAUUUCUCUCACUUGAACUCUCUAUAUUUUACCACUUGCAUCUCCCGAGGGAGACUUUGUAGACAAGAGAAGUUAGCAGGGCUCUCCGACAGUGAGUGGAAACUAGAUCAGAAAACCCCUCCUGGGGUCUCGGUCGGGCUCUUUAGCGGGUAUGCGUGCAGCGUACGUUCUUUGUGUCAAGAACCCAAGGCCCUUAUUGUCUGACAGUGCAGGGCGUAAUGACCUGCACAAAGUUCGCGUCUCGUUCGACCCGCAUUAAUAAUUCCAGCCUCAUCCCUCUCGGAAGCGGGGCCAGAAAGGCCUCACUUGUCAUCCCAUUAAGCGUGUGCCACUGGAAAUAUUAGCUCGGCCUAGCUUUGGUUCCGCCGCGUAAUUACCUCCAAUUCGGGUCGUCCGGCCAAAUUGCUGACAUGCCGGCGACGGCGCCUCCAGAGUCAAUUUUGGCGCCGCGCUGCUUCAAGACUGAACAAGUCUCUGCUGUUAAUCUAGCCGGCUGGUUAAAAUUCAGCCAGCGUUUUAACAGAAGAACUUAAUAUGUUAAGGUCUAUUCCAUAAAAAUGUUUGAUCAAAAAAAUUUGUAAAUGAAUACUAACAAUGUUUUGAUGAAUUUUUCAAAUAAAUACUAACGAAGUAAACUUUAAUGAAAUAUAUAUAUAUAUAUAUAACUUAAUAUUGCUACAGCCUUGCUGUCGAAUUUGUCCUAAUUAUGAAACAAUUUUUUAUCGUACCUCUGUGUAUCAAGAAUAAAUUUAUUAUUUGCCCAAACUCGGAAAUUCGGUAAAAUUCACACGGAGAAUUGAGACGAUGUCUUAAAUUUGCCAAAAAUGUGCCUUAUUGAUAAAUGGUUGUUGAGAUGCAAAAUUUUUGCAUAUAUCAAAAGAUUAUAUUUUAUCCUUUAAUACAUGUGACUAAAAUAUAUGAAAUUUUAAGAUGUAAAAUAAAAGUGUCUUUGAUCUUAGAUAUAUAUUUUUUUAUCAUUUUAUCAUGGUUGUUGCAUGAAAUACGUUCAAUUCAACUUGUGUGCGUUAUUUAAAGCUCAUUUUUAUUUCAGUUUGCCAAUACAAUAAAUUUCAAUUCUAGCAAGAACUCCAGAUUAUAUCACACAAUUUCUCAUCCGAACA